AUGGCCAAACAAUGCAGAGGAGUUAGAAAGCAGAAGCAGACGGCGAGGAAGAAGGCAGAGAGACCGUAUAAUCAGGAGUCGGGGGAAACCGGGAGCGCAGGGGUGUGGCGUAGCAUUUGGAGACCUCCGUCGGAGAUGGCGGAGGUUGCUUUGAAACUCGAGCAGUUGGAGACGAUGAUGGGUAAUGUUCAGGAAGAUGGUUUGUCUCAUCUCGCGACGGAUACUCUUCACUACAAUCCGUCGGAGCCCUACUCGUGGCUUGAUAAUAUGCUCUCGGAGCUUAUUCCAUGGGCUGUUACAGACCCGGUUUUGCCUCCGCCGGAGAUUCUUACCUUCUGA